ACUGGGGCUGUGGUUUCAGUUCAGAGAACAUACUGUGAAAGCAUGAAUGCUGGGUGACUCUCUAGCUUGCUUAAGAAACAAAUUAUCCCCUAAGAUUACUCUUUCUCCGUACAACACUUUUUGCUAGAGAAACUAGGUCAUUCCGAUUUUGUGUUAAAGAUUACUGGUACAAAAAUGAUAACUGGGUUGUCCCUGGUCACUCUGUACGUGGUAGAAAGGCAUAAAGAACCGUUCUCAUUCAACAUCCUCUGGUCCAGUAAAUGUACUCUUCUUUCGGUUUAUAUCUGUAACGUUAAACUUACCAAAAUAUUAAAAUGUUUAUCUAUUUAACUUUCAAGUUACAUCCAGAUGUAUAGAACACAUGUAAAAAUGAGAUUAGCAGCUCACUGUGCAGUCAUUCACAGCAACUGCUUGAACCUAGAGAGCAGUUAUGGCAGUCUGGGAGUCCAGCAUGAUCUUCCUUACUUGAUGACUAGUGCUACUCGUUGAUGCUACUAAUUUUUCACAUGCUGCCCAUGUGAAUUAAAAAAAAAAAAAAUCACUUUUAAUUAUUCUGAUUACCAGCAGAUUUUAAUCUUUGGAGUAACUUUUAUUUAAUCUGACCUGUUGCACCUUUCUUUUGCAAGUAGCUCAACAGCCAGAGCGUGAAUGCAGAGCAACUUGCCUGCCCUUAUGUUUUACUUGUCUGGCUUGAUGCCUGCUGCAACAACUCGAUCCAACAGCUGAGAAGGUCAGAAGUUAAAUUGGUUGAAAAGAAUCCAGUUUCUAGUUUUAAAAGCACAGCUCCCCUUCUGUGACUUACCCUGCUCCCUGUACUAAUACAGUAAGCUGGGCUGAGAGUCUGAACAUGUUUGGAAGAAUAGAUUUAUCUAGAGAGGUUCUAACUAAUAUGGGAAAGAAAUGCACUAGCAGUCAUCUUCUAAGAUUGUUCUAAGAAGCAAACUUUGCUCUUUUGCAGCCUUGCGUGGCUGAGAGAGAGAAGUACAGGUAUAACUCCCAGCUGUGGCUUCAAAUGAGUGGGUGGUUUAAAGCCUCAGAAGAAUUCCACGUGCUUGCUUAAAUGGAAGUUUAAAGGUGGUUUCACAUUACUGAUAAAUCUAACAUUUUGGGAGAAAAUUGCCACCCCCUGCCAAAAUACAUUCUACCCGAACUUUUACUAGACUCUUAAAUUUUGCUUGAAGAAGAAUCUCUUUAAUGGCCAUCCACAGCAAAACACUUUGGGGAUAUCUCAUCCCUUCCUAGACUGUGUUUUGUCAGGAGCAGCAGGGUGAGCCCAGGACAGCUUGCUCCAGGAGCAGGCGUUUCUCAUCAUCCUUAGCUGUCCAUCCCUUUCAAAGUGCCUGGCUGCUCUGCUGGGCUGGGUUUAUUCUGGUUGGUGUAAAAGCAUUCACCAGGUUCUUGGGAAAUAAUCAGUCACAUAGGCUUUGCAACUAAUGUUUUAUUCUGCUGCUGGGUUGGGAGGCAUUUGGCAUUUGUACAAAGGCUUUCCAUCCAACUGUUGCCAAAACAGAAGGCUAGGGGAAUGAGUUUACUUAAAUAAAACCUCAUUAAAAUAACGUCCAUGUCUAAACUGAAGUUUAAUGUUCUUGUGUGAGGAAUGUUGAGCUGGUUCACUAUUCUGUUGGGAAGCUUGAAGAGGCUGGGAUUUGGGGGUUACUCCUCUGUCUUCCGUCUCAUUAUGCAAUAAGCUGUUCUGGUGCAGAACUCCUGUCUCAGGUUACCAUAUGGGGAGGAUGCCUUCAUUUACCACUGCAUAGCAAAGGUCGUGCCAGAACUCUAGGUUGUUUCUGUGUGUAACAAAAACAAAUGAACUGGGACAACAAGAUUCAGGUUUUGGUUAAAAUGGCUUAAGGAGCAUGGGUGGUUCCUUUUGAAUAAGGAAAUACAUAUUGUUUGUUAUUUUUUUUCUCAGUAAUGGAAAAUAUAUACAGUACAGGAUGUCUACACUUCUAUCCUCUGUUGUCACCAGAGUGGUGGGAAGGCUUAUCAGUCAUCAUCUGUGAUAAGUUUCAGAAGCUGUGUGUUGGGGAUAGUGCUCCUGUCUGUGCCCAGAUCAGUUCUGGAAACCAACUUCAAAUGUGUUCUGACUUGGGACCAAAACCCAAUUAAUUUCAUGAGUCCAGUUAAACAUCAGAUAUUCCUGUGGAAAAUGAUCUUUUAUGCAGAACUGUAAGAAUUUAACAUUGCCAUUGGGCAUUUUGCUUUAAAUGAGAUUGGAGUAGAGAAAAAAAUUAGAAGAAACGGAAGGGCUAGAGUGUGUUUAUGUUUGUGUCAGGUUUCAUUGAAGGAUUAAGAAUGUUUAUCUUUCAGCGAUGUUAGUCUUUCUGUUACUUGAUUUUUGAUUCAACACAACUGACCAUAUUUUGGAAACCAUGACGGAGCAUUACAGUUCUGUAAAUAGAUUUGAUGGCUGUGAUGCCUUUAAGUGCUUUCAGGCUUCCGAUUUUUGUACUGCCAGUUGUCGAUGACAGAAUUGAAGAAUAACACGAGAAGUCAAAGAACAGUAUGAGAGAAUAGCAUGUUUUAUCCCCAGCGUACUUCAAUACAAUAACUUGUCAGGAAGUGAAAAUCUAUAGCAGAACGAAAUUGAGAGCUGCCAGAGGUAAAGAGGGACACUGCCAAACUGGAGGACAUAGAAAUUAAACAGAGGAGAAAAGUUGUUUGCUUCUCUGUUGACCCAUCUGCUCUGCCUGGCUGUGGAGGAAAUUGGUUGCAAAAACACCUUCACUUGCAUGAGACUCCUCACAGCAUGAGUGCUUCUAGCUUACUGAUUCUUCUUCCUCCUCUCCUGACUCCCUUCUGCUAAAUUUUAAAAGGAUUUACCCUUGGCCAGUUGUGCCUUCAGAGGUCUUGAAAGUUUAAAUGAUUCCAUGUAUUGACUCAUUGGCAGGGCUGCAAAUCUGCUUGCGUUACUGCCUCUUCUUUCCAUCAGUAACCAGAAUUGCUGUAUAAAAUCUUUGAAGUGUCCCACGUGGAAUCUGCUGAAAUAUCCAUAGCGGAAGAAGAGGAACUGUACCUCUUCACUCGCACAGUACCUUCAGCUCUUCAGAAAUGACUUGCCUAUGAGGCUGCAAGCCCUUUUGGAAGGGGUGAGCUGCAGCGGCCAGCAAUGGGUGCUCGGUAAUAGCACCAGCAUUCGUGGCUACGUCAGGCUUCUGGGAUCAGUCACCGGGAUGAAUGCUUCACCGGGUUGCUCUUCGGGUGCACGCCUUACAGGCGUUAUCCCAUGCGUUUUUAAGUCAUGGCAAAGAGAAAACACGCAGCUUAACACGGCGCGUGGCUUUGGCGCGGGCUGUCGCUGCGUACCGCGGCGGCGUUGCGUGCAAACCACAGAUCCACCUCGUCCCUUCGCUGCCUCCCACUGCUCCCCUUCUCCUCCCCGGCGCUCGCCUCUACCUACAGCCCCGGCCCCCGGUAUUUCCCUUCGCCGCCCCAAACCCGCGGGCUGCGGUGAGGGGCGGCCGCGCAGCCGAGGGCCCCUCGCCUCCCCCCGGCCCCGCUCCACCCUCACGCCCCGCCGGGCCCGGGCCCGCUCCCGCCGGGGCGGCCCCCACCUGCUUUGCCCUUAACGGGCCCGGCGGUGCCGGGGGAUUAUUUCGGCCCCGGCGGCGGGUAGCGGUGGGGGGGGGGUCCGGCAGACGCUCCUUAUACGGCCGGGCCCGGCUCACCUGGGCCGCGGCCAGGAGCGCCUUCUUUGGGCAGCGCCGGGGCCGGGGCCGCGACGGGCCCGACGCCCAAAUAUGGCGACGGCCGGGGCCGCAUUCCUGGGGGCCGGCCGCUGCCGCCGCCCGCCGCGAUAAAAGGCUGGGCGGCCGGCGGCGGUCCACGAGCUACCCGGCGAGGAGCGGGAGGCCUCUCUGCCAGCCGAGCCCGCAGCCAGCCCAGACAGCCGACACCAUGUGCGACGAGGACGAGACCACCGCGCUUGUGUGCGACAACGGCUCCGGCCUGGUGAAGGCCGGCUUCGCCGGGGAUGACGCCCCCAGGGCCGUGUUCCCCUCCAUCGUGGGCCGCCCCCGCCACCAGGGCGUCAUGGUGGGUAUGGGUCAGAAGGACUCCUACGUAGGAGACGAAGCCCAGAGCAAGAGAGGUAUCCUGACCCUGAAGUACCCCAUUGAACAUGGCAUCAUCACAAACUGGGAUGACAUGGAGAAGAUCUGGCACCACACCUUCUACAACGAGCUGCGCGUCGCCCCUGAGGAGCACCCCACCCUGCUCACCGAGGCCCCCCUUAACCCCAAAGCCAACCGUGAAAAGAUGACCCAAAUCAUGUUCGAGACCUUCAACGUCCCUGCCAUGUAUGUGGCCAUCCAGGCUGUGCUGUCCCUGUAUGCCUCUGGCCGUACCACUGGUAUUGUGCUGGACUCCGGCGAUGGUGUGACACACAAUGUCCCCAUCUAUGAAGGGUAUGCCCUGCCCCAUGCCAUCAUGCGCUUGGAUCUGGCCGGCCGGGACCUCACUGACUACCUGAUGAAGAUCCUGACUGAGCGUGGCUAUUCCUUCGUCACCACAGCUGAACGUGAGAUCGUCCGUGACAUCAAGGAGAAGCUGUGCUAUGUGGCGCUGGACUUUGAGAACGAGAUGGCCACCGCUGCCUCUUCCUCCUCCCUUGAAAAGAGCUACGAGCUGCCUGAUGGGCAGGUCAUCACCAUCGGCAACGAACGUUUCCGCUGCCCAGAAACCCUCUUCCAGCCUUCCUUCAUUGGUAUGGAAUCCGCAGGGAUCCAUGAGACCACCUACAACAGCAUCAUGAAGUGCGACAUUGACAUCAGGAAGGACCUGUACGCCAACAACGUCAUGUCUGGGGGUACCACCAUGUACCCAGGUAUUGCUGACCGCAUGCAAAAGGAGAUCACAGCCCUGGCCCCCAGCACAAUGAAGAUCAAGAUCAUUGCCCCACCUGAGCGUAAGUACUCUGUCUGGAUCGGUGGCUCUAUCCUGGCCUCCCUGUCCACCUUCCAGCAGAUGUGGAUCACAAAGCAGGAAUACGAUGAAGCCGGCCCAUCCAUUGUCCACCGUAAAUGCUUCUAAACAUGUUUACACCAUCACUCCGCCAACUGCACUCGGGAUGACAGCCUUCGAGGUUGCAGGCUGCCGAGGACCUGCAACAGCCAUGUAACUUUCUAUUUUGUAACAAUUUCUGGUUACUGUUGCUGCAAAGCUCCACGUGACACAGUGGAUGUAAAGUGUACAUAAAUUAAUUUAUUUUACCUCGUUUUGUUUGUUUUUAAAACCAAUGCCCUGUGGAAGGAAACAAAAAACUUCAAGAAGCAUUAAAUCAUCAGUCAUUCUGUCACACCCCUAA